CUCAGUGAUGUAAAACGUGAAGGUGGAUUUUGGCAUGUGGAGGAGCAGGUAAAAGGGCUUGUUCGUGAUGGUGCUCUGUAUGGACAAGAAGCUGUGCCAUGACAGAGGGCAACGUGGGUAAAAGAGACAUGCGACACCCAGCCCCGCAUCACUGCCACCUCUUCCUGGGCGGGGCCUUGCUGCUUCUCCUGGCCAGCUCAGCUCUGAGCUGCCCCGCCCGAUGUGAGUGCUCUGCCCAAAGCAAGUCGGUCAGUUGCCACCGCAAGCGCCUGCCCACCAUCCCUGAAGGCAUCCCCAUUGAGACGCGCGUCCUGGACCUCAGUAAGAACAAACUACGCAUCAUCACGCCCGACAACUUCUCCUCAUUCCAGCAGCUGGAGGACCUGGAUCUCAGCGACAACCUCAUCAGCGUGGUCGAGCCGGGCUCAUUUCGCUCUCAGCUUGCUCUCCGCUCGCUAAAUUUCCGCAGCAACUUGCUUCAGCUGGUUCCUGCUGGUGUGCUGUCAGGUCUGACCAACCUCACCCGCCUUGACCUCAGCCACAACCGACUGGUGGUCCUCUUGGAUCAUGCCUUCCAAGAUCUGCGCAGGUUGUCAUCCCUGGAGGUGGGAGAUAAUGAACUAGUUUUCAUCUCUCAGCGGGCUUUUACAGGAUUACUGGGACUCCAGAGUCUGACCCUGGAGCGGUCCAAUCUGACCGUGGUCCCCACUGAUGCUCUGGCACAUCUGCACAGUCUGGUCGAACUGCGCAUGCGCUACCUGAGUAUUAGUUUUCUAAAGCCUUUCUCCUUUAAAAGGUUAUCUCGGCUCCGCCAACUGGAGAUUGAUUACUGGCCCUGGCUGGACACACUGCCUCCCCUCUCACUGCACGGACUCAACCUCACAAUGUUGUUCAUAACCAACACUAACCUGUCUGCCUUCCCUGGCGCAGUGCUGCGCAACCUGCCCUACCUCACACAUCUCAACUUGUCCUACUGCCGCAUCCAGCACAUCCAUCAGGGAGAGCUAGGCCAACUCCCACACCUGGUGGAGCUCCGCCUACAAGGGGCUCAGCUGGUCUCUAUCGAGCCCUUUGCUUUUGUGGGUCUCAAAUCUUUGCAACUACUGGAUGUGUCACGGAACCGUCUGGACUCUCUGGAGAGGGGAGUGUUUGCCUCACCAGACAGCCUCCAGAGGCUUUGUCUUGGAGGAAAUCCAUUAGUGUGCGACUGCAGAUUGCUUUGGCUCCUCAAUAGCCACAAGCCCCCCUCUUUGCAGAUUCUGGAUGUCCAGCCUGAGUGCAGUGCCCCCGAGCACCUCCUGGGGAAAACUCUGCGUGACCUCAGGGAGCCUCUGGUGUCUAGGUACAUGACCUGCACCAGGCCACGAAUUGGACCCAACACGACACAGCUGCUGAUGGCUGAUGAGGGUCAGCCCGCCCGCUUGAGCUGCAUGGCAGAGGGAGCACCUCGGCCCUCUGUGGUCUGGAUUACACCUCACAGACGCUACAUCACAGCCAAGAGCAGUGGUAGGGUGGAAGUCCAACCAGAUGGCACCCUGGAGAUCAAGGCAGCGGAGCUGCAUGACAGCGGGGUGUACUUGUGUAUUGCCAGUAACCCUGCUGGCAACGCUAGCCUGUCAGCCUCUUUAGCUGUGAAGAGCCUGGGCAUUGGGGACAGAUCUCACUAUAGCAACAGGAGCUCAAACUAUCUGACAGACUCUAACAGCACAUGGGGGAAUGGGACAGUACUGUACAACAUGACAGUCCCCAUAGACAUUAAGACUAUCAUUAUAUCUACAGCCAUGGGCUGCCUGUCCUUCCUAGGUGUGGUCAUAUUCUGCUUCCUGCUUCUGUUCGCCUGGAGCCGAGGGAAAGGACGUCAUAAGAGCAACUUUGAUAUUGAAUAUGUCCCUCGCAAAUCAAACGGGGCAGCGGCCGAGGUGACAGAAACAAGUGGCCCAAGACGGGUCAACAUGAAAAUGAUUUGAAAAGGAUGCAGACUGACGCACAUGAUAACAACGUCAACAACACAGUGCACACAUAUCAGCUGAAAAAAUUUUUUUUCUAUGACACAGUGGAUUUGUGACAAAAGAAAGUGAUGUACUAUUAUAGUGGGUGUCAAUAUGACGGUGAUCUAGUGAUAAAGUGGACAUGUGAAUAUAAAAGUGAUAUAUGAAACUGUGGACGUGUUUAUAUGAAAUAAUGUUCUCAUACAGUACAUUGAAUAUAAUACUAUAACCAACAUAUCAAUAUGAGAGUGAUAGUGCUGCACUAGGCAUGUGUUUCAGUGGUGAUGUGAUGAGUAAUGAUGUUGUCGACUCACCAUGACAUCAAGGUGGAGGAGGGAGCCGCUGGGAGUGACAGGGGACGCCUUUGCGUGGCAGUAGAGCUAUCAUUGCUGCAACAUGUCAGGACUAAAUUGUCUAAUACCCAUCUUAGCUGCAGUAUGAAAGGCGUGUGUCGUGUUCAUGUGUGCGCGCAUGUGUGUAUGUGUGUGUGCAUCAGUGUGCGCAUGUUGCAUUCGUGUGUUUCUUUGUGCAUGUGCACGCAUUGCCUUUCUUGUUGGACGGAACAAUUAAAAUGAAUGAUAGGGUCCAAAGCAUUUUUUCCAGGCCUUUGUUCUUGUUCGAUCAUUGUAACAACAGUGUUGUUGCUGUUGAGUAAAACAGAGGAUGAUCUAUGUUUGUAUGCAAAAUCACAAUUAUCAUAUUCAAGAGAAAUGCUGCAUAAAUUUUGAAAUAGGUCAACGUCCCCCUUGGAAUGACUC